CCAACCUUAGAUCUUUACUUAAAUGGCAACCGCUUAGAAGAAGCCAAGGAUGAAAAACUCUUAGGCGUCAAGAUCGACAAGCACAUUAGCUGGCACAACCACAUCGAAUACUUGAUUAGGAAGCUGAACUCUAGAAUUUAUCUGUUAAAAAGAGCGAAUGGCUACCUUGACCUCCUGCAGAAAAAUUGUUAUUUAAUGCACUUAUUAAGCCUGUCUUUGAAUAUUGCUGUUCGGUUUGGGGUAACGCCCCUAAUGACCAAUUGUUAAGAAUACUUAAAGUGCAGAAACAUUGUGGUAGGUUAAUAUUAGAUGCUAGUUUUCACAAUAACUCAGUUCAAAUGUUCAAGAAACUACAAUGGAUGCCAAUUGAUGAUGUAAUACACAUGAAGAAAUUGUGCAUGAUGUUCAAAAUUGUGAACGGAGAGUGUCCGCAUUAUUUUACAAGCUAUAGAACUUAUGUAAAGAACACACAUUCUUAUAAUACGCGAGCUUCUUUCCAUGAUCAUCUCGCUGUGCCAAAAUGUCGCUCCAACGCAGGACUUCGAACAUUUCAUGCGAGUGCCACUUACUUAUGGAACCGUCUGGACGACAAAUUUAAAACUGUUAUAGAUGAAAGCAAUUUUAAGAAACUUUUAGUGAACAAUUUUUUACAAAGUAAUUCAGAUCGUGAACAUUUUACUAUCUCUAGAACGUUUUGAAUACAUUUAUGUGCAUGCUGUUCUUGAUUAUCUAGUUUUUACAAUUCUUUUUAAUACAGCCCACAGUGUGAACUACUGGGUUACCAGUAAUUGUGUUAGCUACUAAAGUUUAUUUAUUUAUUUAACUAAAACACUACACAUUUCAACCUACGUAUUGAAGAAAAUAACUCCUGCAUGCGUAGCAUGCCUAUGUUUUGGGAAUUCCUAUAGCUUCUGCAACUAUAUUUUUGUGCAGUGGUUUAAUUACUUUUUUCUUCAUCUCACUCUAGGACAGUAUGCAGAGGAAUUCGGAUACCCUCGAUAUUCCUUUGCCAAAACCAGAAGUACAGAAAAUUCAGCGUACAAUUGCUUAUGAAGAAACCAAAAAAGACAUUGAGAAAUGGGCGCCCACUGUGAAAAAAAACAGAGAGGCAGAACAUUUGUCAUUUCCGCUGAAACCAUACACACCACCUACUCCUUCACUGAGAGGAUUGGCUGCAAAGUUCAAGCCUCGAACUCCUCUGGAGGAAGAAGUUGCUGCUGUUUUGAGGGGGAGCACUCAUGUUCUUGAGCGGAGUAACAAGGAGCUGACUGAAGAAGAAGAGAAAGCAUUGCAAGGCAUGGAUUUAGAGGAGGCAAAGGAGAGAAGACAUGAAUUGCAGAAACUGCGAGCACUGCAGUCUUAUUAUGAAGCAAAAUGUCACAGGAUGAAGAAAAUCAAAAGCAAAAAAUAUCAUCGGGUAAAACGAAAAGCUGAGAAACGUGCAGCUGAAAAAAAAGCUGAAGAAGAUCCUCAGGCAGAUAAUGAGAAGGAAACUGUAGAAAAAGCUGAAAAACUAAGAGCUGAGGAACGUAUGUCACUCAAGCAUCGAAAUACUUCAAAGUGGGCCAAACACCUCAUAACUAAAGCGGGAAAGAAUGUAGACGCUAAAAAAUUACUUCAAGAACAACUGCGUAUCAGCCAGAACUUGACACAGAAAGCUACAGGGUCAGAAAGCGAUGAAGAGAAGGAUACACCAGUUCAAGGGGAAAGUUUGGGAGAUGUAGAAUACGAAUGCGACAGUUACAGCAAUCUUGUUACCUCUGAAGACAAUCCAUGGAAGCUUGCCACUAAUGGGGCAGGACUUUAUUCAUCAAAAACCUCAAAUAACGUUGAGAAUGAUUCUCCAACCAAGCUCCACCGGCUCCAGCCAAUCAGAACAGAGGAGGCACAUGAUGAGGAUGAGGACGAUUUGGAGCAACUUGAUGUGAGAGGGAGAGAGAAUGGGGAAGAGUUUGAGAUACAACCAGUCAGUGUCAAUGAGAAAUCCACAAAGGAUACAAAGAGACAACAGUUUGAAGAAGCAAAAGGCAGAAAAAAGCGUAAAUCCAAAGACACCGGGGACAAAGUGACUGUAAAAAAGAGAAAGCAAUCUGAAAAAUCAAAAAAGAAGGACCCUGAAAAUACUUUUAAUGAAGAAGAAAAGAGUCUUUCUAAAAGUAAACACGAGAUUAAGAUGUUAAAUGUCUCUGAGAAUACGAACGAUAAUGGUACAGACAGCACUGGUCAGAGAAAUUCCUUUAGAAAUGGAAACCGUGCGAAAGACAAAGCCAGCGCUGAAACAGAGAAAUCGAAAUCAAAAGACAUUCGUGUGGACCCGACGAAAAUUUUCAGAAUCGAGGAGCACGGAAAUGUUGGCGAGGACUUGGAGAGUGAUUCCCUUCGACAGAAGCGAAUCAAUAUUCAGCAAGCGUUUGCCAAUGAUGAUGUUGUAGAAGAGUUUAUUCAGGAAAAGAAGGAGAUUGAGGAGGCUUCUAAACCAAAAGAUGUAGACCUGAGUCUGCCUGGCUGGGGGAGCUGGGCUGGGGCAGGUAUUAAACCAUCCGAGAAGAAAAAAAAGUUUAUUAAGAAAGCCGACCCAGCCCCUCCCCGGAAAGACAAGAAUUUGUCCCACGUGAUUCUCAGUGAGGAGAAGAGCAAGUUGUUUAGCAGGAAUCAGGUUUCCUCGGUUCCCCAUCCUUACGGAAACCAUGUGCAGUUUGAAAGGAGCGUGCGGAAUCCUGUGGGUAAACACUGGAACACAGGCACGAUUGUCAAUCAUCUGACAAAACCACGUGUUUCAACUCUCAUUGGUACGAUUAUAGAGCCUAUGAAAGCGACAAAGGAAAUAAAGCGGAGUAAACCAGAAGACAGGAAAAACAAGAAGUUGAAAGGAACCUCAGGAAUUGCAAUACACAGAUAAUAACUCUGUUGACCUGUAACGUUCAUAAUAGGACACGGAAAUUAAAUAAAGAAAUCAAACAUUUA